UAUCAAGGUACUGCUUGAGCAAUACAGAAAGUUGCAUCCCGACAUGAAUCUGGUGAAAGACCGCAUGAUGAAAACCUUUGCAUGGAGACGCCGAGAAAUAGCAGAAGGAAUGUCAACUGAAGAUCUGUUGAGGAGAUAUCCAUUCCUAAGAACAUCCGCUGGGUUGUGCGAUGAGGUUGAUGCCAUGCACCCCUCUCCAGUCAACAUAUGCCACCGCAUCAGUGAGAACUUCACAUCUAUUCUCCCAAAUAUGCUGAAACUUGUCAAGGAUUCGCCACUGAAAAAACUAUACAUGGAAGCAAGAGCGGAUGCCUUGGCUGAGGAUAUUAAAGGAAUUGACUUCAGGGGUGGACUCCUCCUCUUGCCAUCCAUAUUCAAGGAGAAGAUUGAGGAUUUCAUUAUGCUUGGACAGAAAAAUCCUCAAACUCCAUAUCCAACCGUUCAACUGAAAGCACAAGGGUUGAAAUUUGCCCUCUCCAGACAGUGCCAGAGUGUGGUCAAUGUCGAGGGAAUUGAGGUCUGUUCUUGCACUUCGGUGGAUGAGGCCUUCAUUGCAGCCUUCUGCAUGUACUUUGUCUUCAACAUGGCAUAUCCUGGAUACUUGAAAAAGACACUGACCUUUCUCCAGAGGCUCAUCGCAAACAUCACGGGGGAUGGAGACAAAUCCCUGCCGGUAACUGUAACUCGAAUUGUCAACCUUCUUCGCUGAUCAUGCCUGGACUGCAUCAGUGUACAAAAUCCUCAAAGAGGACCUUUACUCUUAGAAAACUGAUUCAUCACAUUGGACUUGUACAUGCACACAACCCUCAUUUCAACAUAACCUGUGGGUUGAGUAACUGCCAGUAUGCUUUUUCCAGUAUUCUUUUAGGCGGCAUGUUUUUCGAAAAUUCUUGAAAAUUAAGUACAUUCUGAACGUUGAGACUUUUGGGUGUGCUUGGGUCCUUGCUCUUAUGACAAUCACUUCCAUACUUACCACGUCAAAGUUGACAAUGACUGAUUUUACUCAGUCCAGGAAGUGUAUUGGACUAUCAAGCUCUCGACACAUAUUUAGUCGAUGAUAGACUGUAUGUUUCCUUGAGGUAUUCUGUGUAAGUAUGUUCUAUCUAAAUGUGUGUUACUUUUUGAAGUAUUCUGCCUCAUGUUAAUGUGACUGCAAUCUUUACAUAUUGUAAUGUUAUGCAUUGACAUUGAUUGAUUUUAUAUGUAGCUAUAUAGAAUUGAAUGAAUUAAGAUGUUUACACUAUAAAUGCUGCCAUGUUUAUCUCAAAACAUACAUUUUCAUUGAUGUUAAUAAAUGGUAAAGAAGCAAUUA